CUCAUUGUACGCCGUUGCUAUGUUUGUAUGAUAUUGGUACAAAUUGCACUCGAACGUUCGCAAGAACUACCUCCUUUGACAAUGUCAAGUAAUUUGCGGUGUAAGGGUGUUAACCACUAGCAAAGGUGAUCGGCGGCGUUGUCUCAGGGUAUUACAGCUGGUAUGAAGGCGGCGACGCUUCUGAAGGCACGUUGGCGCGAAAUUUGAUAAUUAUCCCGGCUGCUGAGCUUACACUGGCGGCUUCCGGCGGCAUAUCCGGCAUUCUUUGAGACUUGGCGCUAGCCUCCUGAACGCUCGGGCUUAAGCCAGCUCUUGGCUGGACAGGAGCGGUGAUGGCCCCACAACAUUGCCAACUCCCCGCCGAGACAGCGGCCCUGCUCGCCUGCAUCCCCGCAGCCGCGAAGCGCCUGCUGCAAGAUGAUGAGCGGCGCAGCAAGGGCCGAAGGCCGACCAUGGACGCAUUCGACUUGCAGGACUUGACACACAAGCUGUCGUGCCUUUGGAGCAAGAUCCGCAAGACAGAAGUCUUUGAAGUCCUUGCCUGCGAGCCUUUCCUCAGGGCUCUGCUCGGUAUCGUCGCCGUGGUGGCUCGGUGGCCCCCCGUGGACCACCGUACCGCUUUCGGCAGCAGCAGCAGCAAGACGACUCGCUCAAACUCUGCCAUCGACGUAUUCGGCCUUGUGGCUUUCGGCGACGAUCCACAUGAUGCCGUUGCCUUCAUGUUUCCGAAACCCGUUGCAAGCAGUUGCUCCACCUCCUCCUCCUCAACCGCCGCAGACGGUGUUUCGUCUAAGCUUCCACAGCAACGCGCGCCGUUGGGCGGUCUGAUACCGCUUCCAACUGUGGGGCAGAAAACCGCCAGGCAGAGGCAACCCGCGGCGGAACAGAAGACCAGCUCUUCCGCUCCUGCCCCUGCCUACGUGCCGGUCUGCAGGUGCCCGACAUGCGCCCGACGGCAGCACCGUGGGAACGCCGGCGAGGCCGAGAGACGAGUCCCCGUGCAUGGCGUGAACGGCCGGUUUGGCGUUUACGAAACCUUCCCGCCCGAUUGUACCGCCACAUACUGGACUCCGGACACUCCGGCCGGCGGUGCCCCGUCGUACGAGCGCGCACGUUGGGAGCUGCGGCACGUCACGUUCAUGGUGGUGAAGGAGCUUCUGGGCCUCGGGCUGAUACGGUCGCCGGUGCAGGGGGACGCUGUCCGCGGUGCUGGCGGCAGCAGCAACAAGGACGGUUGCAGUCCGCCGCCUGCUGCGGUUGUGGCUCUUGCAUGCGGGCUGUUGCGAGGGGGACUGCUGCGGUGCUGCAGUCGGUGGCUGGCGGCCGCUGCUGACAGGGCGCAGGGGCUCUUGAGGGCCGCGACGACCGGUGCCGCAGCGGCAGCGGAGGCAACGGAGGCGGUAGCGGCGACAGGUGCGGCAGAGGGGGCUGGUGCGGCGGAGACAGCGGCUGGAGGAUUUGAAGCUCCUACGCUAGCAGCCGGACCGCCCUCAGCCGGCGUCGCUGCCGCCCCUAGGCAGCUGAACAUGGCAGACAUCAAGGCGGCUAUGGACUACUGCACCGAGCUGCUCUUCCGUACGGUUUACAUCCUGCUCCCGCUCGCAUGCGUCGCGAAGGCGUUGGUUCAGGUGCACGUGAAGCAAGAAGGAGGAGGAGCAGCAGCAGCAACGACAAGGGCAUCAACCGCAUCAGGGAACGGGAGCGGCCGUACGGGACCGCAGGCGCAGCCGGAGGUUCAACUGCUGCGGCAGAUGCCGUACAUUACCGAGCUCCUUGCCGCGCUGCGCAAGAGCAACGUCGUCGAGCAUUUCUCGCGAGUGGUGCUGUUGUCCUUGGAGCUUGGAAAGCUGGCGGAUGAUUCCAUGCAACUUGCAGCGGCUGUUACGACACCUGCUGCUGCUGCUACUGCUGCGAAAGAAGGGGCCUCCGCUGUGGACGAAGUGGGGCUUUGCCACCUGCUUCACUUUUACAUCUUCACGCUCUUCUGUCUGCAGCAAACCAUGAACAGCUGCGGCACAAUUGCGAAAACCGCGCUGGACGGUAUCCUGACAGCCCCCUGCACCCAGCACCUGCUGCUGUCGACAUGCCUCGUCGCGCUUUGCACAGCGGAUUGCGGGCCCUCUCACGGCCUGCCGCAGCACUUGACCAGGUACCUACCCGUGAUUGGAGUCGAGAGGCACGGGUUUCCGUCCAAUCUCAAACACAAGCAAGGCCGACAGGAGAUGUGGACGUGCGUGCCCCUUUCCACGAUUCCCGCUCUACUGCGCAGCCAAGAAGGCCCGCUGCCUGGGCAGUUCAUGAGCCUGCGCAUGCUGCUGCGAAUUGGGCAGCUGGCGGUGCGAUCCGCAGAACUGCUGGCGGCAGACCCGGCCAGCGAAGGGGAGGCUGCCAGCGAGGAGGACGACGACGGCGAGGGAGGCAACGGCGUGGGGCCGCUGGAGAUCGUGCUUCCGAGGAAGGUGCUGGUUGAUGUGGCCCGUGCGUCGCUGUACGCCAUGACGGGGCUUCUAGCGGCGGUGCCGGAGGGCAAGGCGGAGCGGGCGGCCAGGCGGGACAUGUGGCGGCUGAUUGUGUCUUUGGCACGGCAUGGACCCCCGUUUGCGGACACGGAUGAUCAGCGAGGCAUUGCGGAGUUGAUUGUGCCUGAACUGAAGCCGGUGCUGGUCACGGAAAGCUCCAUGCUGGCUUCGCCUGAGCCCCAACUUGACAUCGCGCUGUCUGCCGGCCUGAUUCCCUGCCUGGAGCGCCUUCUGCGUCGAGCCGGACAGGCGCCUGACGGGCCGGAAGCUGCCGUGGUGAUUGCCAUGCAUGUCAACGACAUUGGCGUCGAGCGUCUCCUCGGCGGAAUGGUGGUGUAUGGGGAUCCGCAGCAGGCAGCGGCGCUGCUUGUUACGCUGGGGAAGCUGCUGCGACAGCUGCUGCCAAAGCUCAUGGCGAUCGUUCCGGCAAUGCUGGGCCGUGAGGCUUACAUCAGCGGUGGGCACGGCAGCAGCAGCAACAGCGACUUCAAAAUGGACGGUCAAGAGAUGCAACUCGUGUUAUUUCUGCUGGAACUUGUGAACUGCGUGCUUGUGGAGGGAGCGACUUGGAUGGGUUCCCUCAUCGUCACUUCGUCAGACGCGGAAGCAGAACGCGCCGCCGCCAUUCGGCACCAGACCUCGCGCCUGGUCAUGUACGCGGUUUACGAUUGGCUGCCGCUGUUGUCGCGGCUGGUUCUGGUCACCGCGCAAGCGCCGCAGCUGCCCAAGCACAUGCAGAGGCAUUGGGAGAUGCAACAAGCCGACUGUCUGGGGCAGCUGGUGGAGUCGAUAUCGCUUGCGCUCAUGUCCUGGCUGCAAUUCCUGCCUAGCCUGUAUCCUCGCAAGUACGGCGGUUCCUACUUCAACUACAUGAGGCAUGCGGCAGCAGCAGCAGGCUCCCGUCCUCACUCCUCCAGCAAGAACGCAUCCUCCACCUCCGCUGCGUCCUCAACGCUCAAGGC